GGUAGCCUUAUCUGGUGUGGCUGUAUUGUAUUCGUUGCCACCAACACCGAAACAUAAAGCUUAACUCUUAUCGCUUUUCAGUUCGAGCUUUCACUUCCUCCUAUACAAAGAAGUAAUAAAAACUCUGUUAAAAAUGGCAAACUCCCUUUUUUGGGCUCCCGUUUGUUCCUUCAAAUUUCCAAACAAGCCAGGGAUAGCUAUCGACAAUUCAGUUGCUCGAAAGUCUAUCUGGGUUAAUGAAGUGUUUCACAAGUCAAGAACUGCCAAAAUUCGAUCUUUGGAGGUUAAGGCAGCGGAUAGUAACAAGAGUGCCAAACCAAAUAGCAUAGUCUGUGCCGAUUGUGAUGGAAAUGCAGGUGCCAAACAAUGUUCUCAAUGCAAAGGUACUGGAGUUAAUUCUGUAGAUCAUUUCGGUGGACAGUUUAAAGCGGGCGGGUUAUGUUGGCUUUGCAGAGGGAAAAGAGACAUUUUGUGUGGGAAUUGUAAUGGAGCUGGGUUUAUUGGUGGAUUCAUGAGCACAAUUGAUGAGUAAGAGGUAGAAAGAUUGUGCCUGCCUGCUAAGUAAGCUAUGGUUAAAUUAGGUUUGGUUAUGUUUGUGAAUGUUGAAUGACAAUCAUAUGCUAAUACUUCUUGGGACAAUUCCAGAUGUGUGUAAAAGGUCGAAUUUUCAGAUUUUCCAAACCAACCAGGAUAUCUUGAAAUUUUGAAAUGUUGAUGUAUUUGUUUACCUAUUGUCACUUUUGAUAGUGUAAUUCAAGUUCUUUCUGCAUUCAGUUAAA